GUGAGUCAGCUGAUAUUUCCCACUGAAAUUAUUUAUAAUGUUUCAGAGCGUUCAGAGACUGGAUUUUUUUUAUGAUUCAGAGCAUUCAGAGACUAGAUUUUUUUUUUAUUAUUGAAGUUAUUCACAAAUACAAAUAUAUGAGCUUUGGUAACAGUUACAGUGUGAAUCUUAUAUAUGCCUGGAUGGAAAGGAAGAAGAUAGAAAGAUAAUAAAAAAAUAAAAAAGAUAAUAUUAAUUAUGUCGUCGUCGUCUUCCUCCGCUUAUCCGGGUCCAGGUCGCGGGGGCAGCAUCCCAACUGGAUGGAUUCGUGGAACGAAAAAAGGAUUUACGAGUGAGGUCUCCUCCUGUCAAUAACCGAGCGAAGGCUACAGGUGAUGUCAGUUGUCUCCUCAGCAUAAAAGGAACAGCUGGCAAGAGUCUUAACCUGAAGUGUACAUAAGCUUCAUGGACAUAUAUUGUGAGUAAACUGAGUCUCCCUUGAGCUGCAUAAAGAUGGUUUUGCCAGAAUCAGAGUCUAGGUUAUUGGUGAUUGCUAAUUAGCUCCUACAGUGUGCAGGCAGUUUAAAGAGCGACUGAAUGUCACGCCCACGCACAAGUAGAAAUAUACCGUAAGUCAACCAUGAGACGUAACACCUGUUAAAGUUAGGCUAGCUUGGGAAGAUGGCUUGUAACAGAGAGUGUCCAACCCCUCUCAAGGACUUGGGUUCCGGAGCCAAUGCUAUGAGUCGAGGUGAGUCAGACUUUAUCCAGCCGGUACCGCUCAACCUCUGCCACAAGCUCCUGCUCCUUCCCCGCCAGCGAGGUGACGUUCCAUGUCCCAAAAACCAGUUUCCUUGUCCGAGGAUCGGACCGCCAAGACUCCUGCCUCAGUCUGCCACCCGAUCCACACUGCACCGGACCCUUUAUGUUCCUCCUGCAGGUGGUGGGUCCACAGUUGGAUGAGCCCAUGUAUCCGGUUUGGGCUGGGCCCGGCCAGGCCCCAUGGGUGAAAGCCCGGCCACCAGGCACUCGCUCACGGGCCCCAACCCCAGGCCUGGCUCCAGGGUGGGACCCCGGUAACCCUUUGGGCCGGGUACUAUGACUCUUUGAAUGUACAUCCAUGAAAGAUCCUCUGAACCGUUCUUUGUCUCACCCUUCACCUAAGACCAAUUUGUCAUGGGAGACCCUACCAGGGGCACAAAGUGCCCCAGACAACAUAGCUCCUAGGAUCAUUAGGGCACUCAAACUCCUCCACCACAAUAAGGUGACGGUUCAAGGAGGAGUAAUAUUAAUUUAUUUUUUGUUAUAUUAAUUACAAAAAAUAAAAUAAUAAUAAUGCUAGAUCACAAUAGGGGUAUUAGUAUUCAAAUGAAAACAUUAAAAAGUUUACAUAUUUCAAUAGUUUUAAGAGCCUUCUGUCUUUAGAAUUAUUAAUAGAAAAUAGGCCUGUGUAUUGUAUGAAAGUAUUAAAGAAUGCUGCAAAGCAUGUUUUUUUACCAGAAUAUUUACAACAGUGGAUAUAAAACUUCGCCAUCAGCAUUAAGAGGUUAAUGAUGUAUAGAGAGUUUUUGUUCAAACCAGUUUCAAAAACACCAAACGGCACAUUCUCCCAAAAUAUAACAAAAUUAGUAACAAUAUGGACAUGAAGAAAGUCAAAAAGUUUCUGCCAAAAGGUUUUAACUGCCAGGCAGCACCAAAAUAAAUGAAUAGCAGUUUCAAGACAUGCCUUGCAGAAGCUACAGUUCAAGUCAAUAUCUUUCUUGAAUGAAUCUAUAUUUAAUAUAAGAUCUAGAUAGAAAUCUAUGAAGAAGUUGAAAGGAUAUUUCUUUUACUUUGUCACAAAUCAUAUAUCUAUUAGGUAGUAGCCAGACCUUUUCCCACAGAAUAUCAUUCACAAACGUUUUACAGUAAGAUAAGGCACGGGGUAAUGUUGUAAUAUUUCCCUGGAACAAAGCUCAGAUAGAUCUGUUGUUACUGGCAGGAACUGGAGAAACAUAUUUUCCCUACAGGUGUGUCACUUGGGGAUAAGAGUUAGUUCACCAGCAUCAACUCUCUGUUGAUUUUUAAACAGCAUACACACAUCAGAUGGGAUGGCACCAAAAACUUUUGCAUAAGCUCCAGGAGUUACAGGGAUAUUAUAUUUCCUAAGAAACUCUUCACAUGUAAAUAGAAGUCCUUCAGGAUUAAACGAUUGAUCUACCCAUUUAAUGUUGUUUUGAAACCAAUAUUCUAAAAUAUUGUUUUGUGUUAGUACAAGAUUUCUUUGUUGUUCCAGAUUAAGUAGUUGUGGGGUGAGAAAUUGUGUUUGUAAACGAGAGACCGUUCAGAGGCAAGAAAGAGAGGUGAGAGCUCGUCAGUGACGUAAUAUAUGUGCGACGCACGUCAGUAGCAAAUACGUCUUAAGUGCGAGACGCCAGAGAGAAAAGUGAACAAGAGGAGUUUAAACAUGUUUUCUUCUCCUUAAAACCGAGAAGCCGACAGCUGAUCUCACGCACGCGACUCCCGGUACUGUGUUUGGUGUUUCGUGAGUCACGUGAUCAGCAUGUUCUGUGUGGGGGGGCUGGUACGGUCUAGGGUCCUGUACUUCAGCGGACAAGGACUCCUCAGACUGACCGAACCUGUUGUAGCCUCUACGACUGACACACGCACAAGGAGCGUGUCCGGCGUGGGCGGAACCAACUGGGCAGGUGGAUGGUACGGCAGCCUGUCGGAUUCGGCACCUGUUCACUUGUGUGAAAACUUUCUAGUUGGUUUCCAGCAGGCAAGCGGAUUGCCAUGGUGGCUAAGCAUCGUCAUGGCAACAGCGUCAGUCAGGACCACCAUCACUCUGCCGCUCGCGGCCUACCAGAUGCUCAUCAUCUCCAAGGUGGAGUUGCUGCAAGCUGAGAUCUCCGAAUUGGCCAAGAGGCUUGCAUAUGAAGUUUCAGUCCGAUCGAGAGAACGAGGCUGGACAGACAAACAGGAAAGAGUCCAAUUCAAGAGGAACCUGCGACGCAUCGUCUCUCAGCUCUACAUCCGGGACAACUGCCACCCCUUCAAAGCUAGUCUGCUGGUCUGGGUUCAGCUGCCCCUCUGGGUCAGUUUUUCCCUAGCCCUCCGGAACCUGAGCUUAAACCAGUCAGCCCUGCAGGGUGAGCUGGCAGCAGGGGGUGCUCUGUGGUUCCAUGACCUCACCGUCCCAGACUCCACCUGGAUCUUACCUGUCCUUCUGGGCCUCACCAACCUGCUCAUUAUCGAGAUGUUUUCUUUGCAGAGAGUUGGAGUGUCGGGUUUCCGGCGGCUAGUCUUGAACGGGAUCAGAGGGUUCAUGGUUCUGAUGAUCCCCAUCGCUGCUACCGUCCCAUCUUCCAUGGCUCUAUACUGGUUCUCCUCCAGUCUGGUUGGAUUCAGUCACAACCUCCUCCUUCGCUCGCAGACGGUCCACAGAAUCCUGCGACUGCCAACUCAACAAUCCCAGUCACCCUACAGAGACCUGAUGUCUGCCUUCACUGCUAAAUACUUCAAGAAGUAACUACUGAGAUCUACACGGUACUGCAGAGAUCCGAGUAGGUAGUACUAUGGACUGGAGCCAUUGUUAGGAUCUGAUCAGGUUGAACAAACUCAAAUUAUUUAUUUAAAUGUUUUUUUUUUUAUUAAAGUUCUUUUUAAACUG